AUGGAUAUGAAAGCAGCAGGCAAACAGAUCAAUGGGUACAAGUUACAGCCGCCGGUGCAAUGGAGAAUUCACAGUCAAGUUCAGAGCGUGGACAGAGAGUACGAUUUAAAGGAGAGUUUUCUCCUGGGGAUUUCAGCCAAGAUGGACAUUCUCGCUUUCGCCAGCAAACAUUUCUACAAGCUGGCCCUGUGCAACCAAGUCAAUGAGAGUUACAAUCAGAUUCCCCACGAAAUCGCAACGCCCCUCAUCUUGGAGCUGAAUCAUCUCCGCAGCAACCACAGCAGUUUGAUCAAAGCGAAAGAGGAUGCCCACAAAGCCUUGGAGAGCGAGCUCAGCAGCCACAUGGAGCUGAAGCAGCAGGUGGAGCGGCAGUCGACGGUCAACGACGGCCUCCAGCUCCACAUUGAGGAGCUGAAGGCCAAGAAGACAUAUCUGCUGUCCAAUAAAUCUGCCCUUGGGGAGAGCUGUGGCCGCUGCCAACCAAGAUGGACUCUUCUGAACUCGUCCUGUUAUUUCUUUUCUAACAAGAAUACUGACUCACAGAAGAACUGGCCCGAAAGCAGAGCGGACUGCAUAAGCCGCGGAGGCGACCUGCUUGUGAUCGAUGACUGGGAUGAGCAGCGACUUAUCACUGAUAACUAUCGAGACGUGAGGUCCAGUGAUGUUUGGUGGGCGAAUGGAUACUGGAUCGGCCUCACUGACAUCGAGAAAGAGGGGACGUGGGUCUGGAUUAAUGGUGUGAUCCAGCAGGAACCACUGUAA